AUGGAGCCUACCCUGGUGGUUCCCACCUCAUCUAGCUGUAUCGGCUGUAAGGGGUCCCAGCCGGACUACCCACCAGCUCUAAUCACCUUUAUGUUCUGCGCAAUGGUUGUUACCGUUGUCGUUGACCUGAUCGGCAACUUGAUGGUCAUCCUGGCUGUGAUGAAGAACAAGAAGCUCCGAAACUCUGGUAACAUCUUCGUAGUCAGCCUCUCUGCAGCAGAUAUGCUGGUGGCCGUCUACCCCUAUCCUCUGAUGCUCCAUGCCAUGUCCGUUGGGGGUUGGGAUCUGGGCCAUUUCCAGUGCCAGAUGGUCGGGUUCAUCACAGGGCUCACUGUGGUCGGCUCCAUCUUCAAUAUCAUGGCAAUCGCCAUCAACCGUUACUGCUACAUAUGCCACAGCCUCCAGUAUGAGCGGAUCUUCAGCAUGCGUAGUACCUGCAUCUACCUGGUGGUCACCUGGAUCAUGACUGUCCUGGCUGUCCUGCCCAACAUGUACAUCGGUGUCAUCGAAUACGAUCCUCGCACCUACACCUGCGUCUUCAACUAUCUGGACAACUCUGUCUUUGCUGUGACCAUCGUCUGCAUCCACUUCGUCCUCCCUCUCCUCAUAGUGGGCUUCUGCUACAUGAAGAUCUGGAUGAAAGUGCUGGCGGCCCGUGCCCCUGCUGGGCAGAAUCCUGACAACCAACUGGCUGAGGUUCGCAAUUUUCUAACUAUGUUUGUGAUCUUCCUCCUCUUUGCAGUGUGCUGGUGCCCUAUCAAUGUGCUCACUGUCUUGGUGGCUGUCGGUCCGAAGGAGAUGGCAAGCAAGAUCCCCAACUGGCUUUAUCUUGCAGCCUACUUCAUAGCCUACUUCAAUAGCUGCCUCAACGCUGUGAUCUAUGGGCUCCUCAAUGACAAUUUCCGACGCGAAUACUGGACCAUCUUCCAUGCUCUGCGGCACCCUAUCCUAUUCGUCUCUGGCCUCAUCACUGAUAUUCUUGAGACAAGGGAGGCCCGUGCCCUGGCCCGCGCCCGUGCCCGUGCCUACGACCUAGCCCGUGAACAAGCUCGAGAACAAGAUCGUGCCAGCGCCUGUCCUGUGGAGGAAAUCCCCACGAAUGUCCGGAAUGUUCCACUACCUGGCGAUGCUGCAGCUGGCCUCCCCGAACCUGCCUCUGGCCUCCCCGAACCUGCCUCCAGCCACCCUGAACCUGCCUCUGGCCUCCCCAAACCUGCCUCUGGCCACCCCAAGCCCCAUUCCAGAUCUGCCUACCGCAAGCCUGCCUCUAGCCACCACAAAUCUGCCUUUAGCCAUUCCAAGCCUGCUUCUGGUCACCCCAAGUCUGGCACAGUCUACCCUAAGCCUGUGUCUGUCCACUUCAAGGCUGACUCCAUACAUUUCAAGCCCGCCUCUGUCCAUUUCAAAGGUGACUCUGUCCAUUUCAAAGCUGCUUCCAGCCACCCCAAGCCAGUCAUUGGUCACCAUGUCUCUGCUAGCAGCCACUCCAAGUCUGCCUUCAGUUCUGCCACCAGCCAUCGUAAACCCACCGCUGGCUACACCAAGCCUACUGCCAGCCACCCUAAGCCCACCACUGCUGACUAUCCUCAGCCUGCCAUCGCUGGUCACCCUGAGGCUGCCACCACCAGCCCUCCUGGGCCUGCUGCUGCUAGCCACCCUGAGCUCUCCACCUCCUACUGCCCUGAGAUCUCUGUCACCAGCGACCCUGAGCCUGACAUCGCUGACCUCCCUGAGCCUGAUGCCAUGAUUGACCUUCCUGUCCCUACUACUAUAGUCACCAGUGCUGCCAGUGAUUACCGAGAGGUUGUGGUUAUUGACUUUGACGUGGAAGACGAUUCAGAUGAAAUGGCUGUGUGAAAAAGGCUCUGGUGGGUGGCCAGGUUGCGGUCCCCUUUCCAGUUUGUUUUGCAUAUGUAAUCCAAAGUAAGAUACCUUAACUGCAUUUACACGCAGAGCCAUGCAGACACUGACCCAUAGCUUCAUCCGCCUUUAGGCAUACUCCUCCUUUACGCAAUAUACUGUGUGUGUAUGUGUGUGUGUGUGUGUGUGUGUGUGUGUGUGUGUGCUUGCUAGUUUAGAGACCAAAUUCCCUCAAGUUUGACAUCUGCUGUUCUGAGCUUUCCUUUUCUAUGGUUGACUUUCAGACCUCAGUGAAUCCCGAAGUUUUUGACUUUCAUUUUCCCAUUGCCUGUCCCCUUUCAGCACUUCCUCUGCCUUGUUCCUGCUUUUCUCUCCCAUUCCUGAGGGGUGGGGGAGGAGUUGCAUGCGCCUGGUAAAGGUGUAUUGUGGUCAAGUCAAUGUGAUUACACAGCUCUAUGCUUUUAAAUGUGUAACUCUAUAUUUUACUUUCAAUGGC